GUUGCGACGUGCGGAUAACCGAGCUGCGGUUCCCUGAAGUUGUUCAACGGAUUGAUCGAGAGGCGGGCGCUAAGAAAGGAAAUCCAGCCAUCCACAUUCAAAGAGCAUCAUGGUGCAGGAAAAUGAAUUCCUCGACUGGUUCCGUAUUGUUUGUAGACAAUGUGGGAAUAUACGACGUCGACGUGCGACCCAUAAUGAAAACGGCGUACGAACCCGGGAUCCCGACGCCGAGAUGUAAAACAUAUUUCAGCCCGAACAAUAAGUGAAACACACACACACACACUCACAAACAACCGCCCCCGAGUCUGUAUCGUGAAAAAGAAACAAAAACGCGAAAAAAAAAAAAAUAAAAAAAGUAGCGAGAAGCAAAAUAAAAAUAAAAAAACAAAAACAACAGCAACAACAAAGCCUGAAUGUUUGUCGGCGAGUCGAUCCGAUGUAAAUUCCAAAGGGGGUGAUGUGUUGCAAGUCGCGGGGCGGACUGUCCCGUCUGGGACUGAUUUGGGGCCUCUUCGCGUCCGUCGCCCUCCUCAUCGCUUUCAUCGGUGGCUCGUGGCUCUACACGAAGGAACCGGUCACGCUGCCCAAUUCUCAGCUCACCACCUCCAUCAGUUUUCGCAUCGGAUUAUGGCGGGUCUGUCCUUCGGUCAAAAGGGUCAAUUCCUCGACACAUGUGCCGCCGGUGGGAUGUUCGGCGGUGAAGUACGGCGGCUGGGAGGAGAUCAGCCAGGCCGAUCUUGGGGUUUGGGCGCCCCUCGAACUGGCGCCACCCUUCAUAUCACGUAUGAGGUCAUGCACGGUCCUGAGCGGCAUAGCAGUAAUUUUCCUAUUACUGGCUGUGUUCUUCGCACUUUUAGGACACUGUUACACGGACAAUAAAACGAUCAUAGCCUGCGGACUCUUCAUCCUUGCCGGCUUGUCACUGGGCACCGGCCUUGUGGUGUUCGCCUCAACUUUGUCGGAAACUCUUCUGGAGAUCACCCAGUACCACAAGUCCUACAUGGGAUCUCCACCCUACGAGUACCGAUACGGAUGGUGCUUCUUCACCGCAGGAAUAGCCUUCAUAAUGACCAAAAUGGCUGCCGUCUUCUCACUGUCAGGGUACUUAAAUAGAUUUCCAAAUGUAGACGAAAUGGUUAGGGAAAUGGUCCCCGGGGCCGAGAGGAAACUCAGAGAGCACCAGCGUCUCUCCGCCGAGUAUCUGGUCAGACAUUCCGGCCCGCCCAGAGGUUCAACGUACGACCCAAUAGCGUCGGACCGUCCGAAAUACGAGGCGGAGCUGGGGCCGCUCCUCAACAAAACGCCGCCGGACGUGUGCACCACCAACAAGUGCGUCGACUUCGCCGCCGCUGUCGAAGUGUCCAGUGCGCCCACGAACUUCACCGGUGUGCUUGAACAGAACUACGGCGGCAACACGUUGGCCGGCCAAACCAUCCCCAUAACGAUCAAGAACCACAACUCCACCGCGCCGUUGUCGUUCUCCAACCUGCCGCCCAACAAGUACGGUACCAUGCCGCACCAGGGUGCCGCGCAAACGCUGCAUCAGGGCUUCCUCGGCGUGUCCGAGAUCGGCAGCUCGAGCAGCAACAGUUCCGGAGGCUACUGCCAGAAGAGCAAGACGCUGCAGCACCAGAGGCCGCGUAAGAAAUGUGUGAAGAUCGAGAGUUUCCAGACGCCGGAGUUCGCGGAGUUCGGCACGUCGAAGAGAACGAACGCGAUCAGUUAUUCGGGCAGUGCGGUGUGACACGAGAGACGCCACGACGGACGCGACGGUGUGUUUUGAAGUGACGCUGCAAUCUCUGUGUUCUCACCUUCGCGCGGAUGCUUUUUGCAUGGAGGGAGAUUUCGGGUCGGCUGUACGGCUGUUGCUGACGAUUUUCGUGGUUUAUGGAGAAACUAAAAUUUAUCUUGUUGUCUUUCGUGUGUAACUCCUCAGUCCCUUGGUUUCUCCAUAAAAGGAACUAAACAAAAUAUAUAUAAACAGUGUUUCUGACCCACAGUAUUUUUAUACAGCUAAAACAGACGUACUAAAAUGAAAUGGAAUAGUGGAUUCCUUAAAUCGAAGCUCUUCCUUCCGGCAUCCGAUCCGAAAUCUAGCCGACAUUAAAUCGAACUGCGCACACAAUAAAAAGUUAAUUAAAAAAAGAACUAAUGCAGAUCUGUUUCCAUUAGACCAAUAAAACCUUUGAUUUGGGAAAAAGCAGUCCGCGAUAAAACGGAUAAAACAAUCAAACGCAUAUCCCGUGCAUCCAUCAACUUAACGGAAAUUUAAGCUCUAAUUGAAAAUUAUCGCCGUAUCGACUGAUACAGUUGCAUUUGUACAUUGCCGGUUUGUUUAAACAAUAAACAAUUAUCCAUGCAGAACGCAUGCGUGACCGUGUUGAAUUUUCGGCCGUAAUACGUUGAACCAUGUACUUCAACCAGCUGUAAACAGUAUAAUUUUACCGAAAAAUAUAUAAAUAACCCGAGAAAUCCACAAUACACAACAAAAAAAAAUCUGUUUACCUCAUCUUGACAAAUCAAAUAUUCAUAUCGUAACUUAUAUGUUGGACGUGUAAACUAAACUUGGUUGUAUUUUAUUAAAAAAUAACUUGUAAUUGCUGUGAUACAUAAGGUAUUAUCAUUAUUCCCCAUGAUGUAAAAGGUUUGUGAUUUGUUACUCAUUUCGUUUGUUAAUAUUAAUUAUUAU